AUGGUGCUAGAACUCCAUGUUUGGGGGCCGGCAUUCUCCCUGCCGUCCAUCGAUGCGCAAUGUCUGGCGACCAUUGCCUAUCUGUCUCUCGCCCUACCCAAGGACGCGUGGGUGCUCGUCGCAAGUAGCGAUCCCUCGGUGUCUCCAACAAAUGAACUCCCUGCCCUUCGAAACGGCAAGACCUGGGUCUCCCGCUUCCGCAACAUAGUCGACUAUCUCCGCCAAUACUCCGCGGGCGAUUGGGAUCUGGAUGCCGAAUUGACCGGACUCGAUCGCGCGGAUAGUAUCGCAUUCACCUCCUUCCUCGACACGCAAUUCCCCCCUCUCCUCGCCCUCUCCCUCUACGUCACCAGCCAGAACUACUACACCUCCGUCCUCCCCGCCUACUCCUCGCAGAUCCUCACCUGGCCCUCGACCUGGCUCAUCCCCCCGCAAAUCCGCGCCGCCGCCAAGCGCGCCUCUGACCACCUCGGCCUCUCGUCGCUGGACCUGGUCGCCCUGGAGGAGGACCGCAAGCGCGAACACUCGGCCGCCGUCGCCGCGGGGCGCCUCCCGGCCUCCCUCCCGCUCCCCAAAGCCGCUCCCACGAUCACCUCGGGUCUGGCCACGACCCACCGCUUCCGCAUGGAGGCAGUCACAGCGGCGGCCUUCGAGCCCCUCGCGGCGAUGCUGCAGCCGGCCCAGAAGAACUAUCUGCUUGGCGGGGACCGCCCCACGAGCGUCGACUGUCUCCUGCUUGGGUAUGGGAGCCUCGCGGCGCUGGGGCCGGAGAGUCUGCAGGAUGCGUGGCUCGGGGAGGCGAUGCGGCAGAAGGCGCCGCGGGUGGUGGAGUGGGUGCGGAGCAUGCAGCGCGAGGCCGGGCUGGCCAGCCUACCGUGGCGGAAGCCCGAGCGACCCCGCUGGGUCACGGUGGGCAACACCCUGUGGAACACCGUGGCGGACGCGACGCCCAUCUGGCGGGAUAUCCGCGCCAACACCCGCAUGCGCGAGAUCGUGCACUCCCAGGAGGCGGAUCUGUCCAAGGAGGAGCGCACCGCGUUGGCCGAGUAUGUCACGGGGUAUAAGAAGGAUGUCUGGUUGUCCGUAGCGGUGGUCGUGGGCGGGGUGGCGGCGCUGGUGGGAUAUAUGGCGCAUGUGGGGUUGUUGGGCGGUGGGGGCGAGGAUGAGGAAUUUGAGGAGGACGACGAAGAGGAGGAGGGGGAGGUGGUGCAGCCUGAGUUGCCGGUGAGUCUGAAUGCGACGGACUUCUUGGGGUCCUUGUCCCUUUAG